AUGUCGGCUUCCGUCACUGAAUACCUCAAUAUGAUGCGCUCGAUUGGGAGUGGAAAACUUCAAAAUCAUCAAUUGAAACCACACUCGGAUGAGACGUUGGCAUUAGCUCGAGAAUUCGUUCACUAUUUGGACAAAGCCGUCACGCCUUUUCACGCUGUUGCCGAAUGUGCGGAUCGUCUUCGUGCCAGCGGAUUUAAAGAACUUGAUAUGGGCUCUCGUUGGGACAUUGCCGCCGGCGGGAAAUAUUUUGUCACAAAAAACAAUACCACAAUUUUCGCCAUUGUUGUUGGUGGACAAUAUCAACCAGGCAACGGGUUUAGCAUUGUUGCCGCGCACAGUGAUUCCCCGUGCCUUCGAGUGAAGCCAAAAUCUAAAUUAGAAUCGGAAGGGUGCCUUCAAGUUGGUUGCUCGACAUAUGGUGGCGGACUAUGGCGCACUUGGUUUGAUCGGGAUCUUUCUUUGGCCGGAAUGAUUGUUGUGAAAACGGAUACUGGGUUGCUUCACAAAUUGGUUGAUCUUCGUGGACCGAUCAUGACAAUUCCGAGCUUGGCCAUCCAUCUACAAGAAGACCGAAGCAGCAAAUUUGAUUGGAAUAACGAGACACAUCUUCGGCCAAUUCUGCUCACUAAUGCUUUCCCUGGAGUCGGAGAAAAGACUAGUGAUCAGCACCAUCCACAACUCCUGACGCUGAUUGCCAAAAGUGCUGAAGUCGAUCCAUUAAACAUCGUCAGCAUGGAUCUCUACUUAUACGAUGCUCAAAAGCCGGCAAUCACUGGCCUUUUCAACGAGUUCAUUUCGGGUGGACGGCUCGACAAUCAGGUGGGCAUGUACACAAGUGUUUCGGCAUUGAUUGCUUCGCUUUCCGACGGUGCUGUGGAAUCUGACCCAAACAUUCGCAUUGCUGCUUGCUUUGAUAACGAAGAAGUAGGGUCUCAAUCUGCCCAAGGAGCCGAUUCGAUGUACAUUCAAUGGGUGCUUAGAAAGCUUUCAAACAGUCCAAGCAAUCCGGUGGCUUUUGAAGAGGCAAUGGCUAAAAGCGUUCUAAUUUCGGCCGAUCAAGCGCACGCAGUUCACCCGAAUUACAAGGAGAAAUGCGAUGAAAACCAUCGUGUUAGUAUUCAUGGUGGACCGGUGAUUAAGUUGAAUGUAAAUCAACGUUAUGCUACCACCGCAACGACAUCGGCUAUUGUGAAAGAGAUUGCUGACGAGGCCGGAAUACCCAUUCAAGAAUUUGUGGUGAAGAACGACAGUCCUUGUGGUUCUACAAUUGGUCCCAUGCUCUCCGCUAAUCUUGGUUUGGCUACAGUUGAUAUGGGUUGCCCUCAGUUGGCUAUGCAUUCGAUUCGCGAAAUGGCUGGUACCUCAUCGAUUCUUCAAGCGGUUGCCCUUUAUACGAAGUUUUAUUCACGUCUUCCAUCUCUUCUUGCACAUACGAAA